UCUUCAACGCACUAUAUUGUUGUUGUUCUGUCAGGUGCCUUUAAGUUACGUCGUGUUACCUGUUUCCGGGCAUGGUCGCUUGUGGUUUUGUAAAGCUCUCUUGUUAAACAAAAUCCAAAGUUAAACUUCGUGUUUUUGACUUUAUACCGUGCAAAAUGAAAAGCUCGGUGUCCGUGUUUAUCGUUCUUUUCGCUGCAAACGGUUUUUUGCUGGAAGGCUCGAGCCACUUGCACAGCAGGAAAAUCUCUAAAUUAGCCACGGUGUGGGGGUUUUCUUGGCAAAACUGCGGUAAACAAGAUCCUGCACAAUUGAAGACUCUCCAUAUAUCUCCAGAUCCCAUUCUCAUUCCAGGACAGUUAACAGCAGAUGCAUCAGGCACAACAUCAGUAGAGCUGGUGUCUCCUCUCUCGGUGAAUGUGACAUUGGACAAAGAAGUAGCUGGUGUGUGGGUGAAAAUACCAUGUCUGGAUGAAAUAGGAAGUUGUCAUUAUCCUGAUAUCUGUGACCUGCUCAAUCAGCUCAUCCCCCCAGGACAGGACUGUCCCGAGCCUCUCCAUACAUAUGGCCUGCCCUGCCACUGCCCGUUCAAAGCUGGUGAUUAUUCUUUGCCGACGUCAGAUAUCUACAUACCAGAAGUUGAACUGCCUGGCUGGCUGACUAAUGGCAAUUACAAAGUACAGGGUGUUUUAGGAAGCUCUGAGAAGGAACUGGGAUGCCUCAAAAUCAGCUUCUCUUUGCAUUCCUUGAUGUAACAACACUAUUAAGCAGAGAUUAUUUACUGUCCUAUGACACUGGUUAGGGGUAAGAAGAGAAAACAUUUCCUGAUUAAAGGUAGUAUGUGAUUCA